CGUCUCCUCCCAUCGUCUCCCAUUCUCAGUCCAUGAUUUCCCUACGUCCACCACAUAGACCAUACUAGUUUCUUAUACCCGUAUUUGUUUUAUACAAUCUGCUCUUUACGGUUUCUCCUCGGUUUACUAUAAAGCUAUACUACAUCCUCCAAUAUGACGCGUUUGGACGUGGAAAAGACCAUCGAAGAGCUCACGCUGGGCGAAAAAGUAGCUCUCACAGCGGGCGUGGAUUUCUGGCACACAGCUGCCAUCCCCCGGCUAAACAUCCCCGCCUUGCGCAUGUCGGAUGGCCCCAACGGCGUGCGUGGAACCCGCUUCUUCAAUGGAAUCCCCGCGGCCUGCUUUCCCUGUGCCACCGCUCUCGGAGCAACGUGGGACGCCCAAUUGCUACACGAGGUUGGUCAGCUCAUGGGCGAGGAGUCCAUUGCCAAAGGCUCGCAUAUCGUCCUGGGUCCCACCAUCAACACCCAACGCUCCCCACUCGGCGGUCGAGGCUUCGAGUCCUUCGCCGAGGAUGGCGUGCUUUCGGGUAACUUGGCUGGAAACUUUUGCAAAGGCCUCCAGGAGAAGGGCGUUGCUGCCACCCUCAAGCACUUUGUGUGUAACGACCAAGAACAUGAGCGCAUGGCCGUAGACAGCAUCGUCACCCCGCGCGCUUUGCGCGAGAUCUACCUGUUGCCAUUCCAGUUGGCAAUGCGCAUCUGUCCCACUGCCUGCGUCAUGACGGCCUACAACAAAGUCAAUGGGACUCAUGUCAGUGAAAAUAAAGGUAUCAUAACUGAUAUCCUCCGCAAGGAGUGGAAAUGGGAUGGUCUAGUCAUGAGCGAUUGGUUCGGAACCUACAGCACCUCCGAUGCCAUUGAGGCAGGCCUGGAUCUAGAAAUGCCCGGCAAAACACGCUGGCGUGGAACUGCCCUGGCACACGCCGUCUCUUCCAACAAGGUCCCCGAGUUCGUCCUGGACGAACGCGUCCGCAACAUUCUCAACCUCAUCAACUGGGUCGAGCCACUCGGCAUCCCCGAGAAUGCCGUUGAAAAAGCCCUCAACCGGCCCCAAGACCAGGCUCUGCUCCGCCGUGCUGCCGCCGAGUCCGUCGUCCUGAUGAAGCACGAAGACAGCCUCCUCCCCCUCAGCAAAGACAAAUCCAUCCUCGUCAUCGGCCCCAAUGCCAAAAUCGCCGCCUACUGCGGCGGUGGCUCUGCCUCCCUAGACCCCUACUACACUGUCUCACCCUACGAAGGCGUCGAGGCCAAAAGCAACGCCUCCAUCGACUUCUCUCAAGGCGUCUACUCCCACAAAGAUCUCCCUCUCCUCGGCCCCCUGCUCAAAACCGCCGAUAACAAACCGGGCUUCAGCUUCCGCGUCUACAAUGAACCCCCCUCGCACUCCUCUCGCACUCUCGUCGACGAACUCCACCUCCUCCGCUCCACGGGCUUCCUUAUGGACUACAUCAACCCCAAAAUCAACUCCCUCACCUACUACAUCGACAUGGAAGGCUACUUCACCCCCACCGAAUCCGGCAUCUACGACUUUGGCGUCACCGUCGUCGGCACCGGCCGGCUCCUAAUCGACGACGAACUCAUAGUCGACAACACCAAGAACCAACGUCAAGGCUCCGCCUUCUUCGGCACCGCCACCGUCGAAGAACGCGGCUCCAAACACCUCAACGCCAACCAAACCUACAAAGUGGUCUUCGAAUUCGGCACCGCCCCAACCUCCGACCUCGACACCCGCGGCAUCGUCGUCUUCGGCCCCGGCGGCUUCCGCUUCGGCGCCGCCCGCCAAACCACCCAAGAAGACCUCAUCUCCACCGCCGUCGCCCAAGCCCGCACCGCAGACCAAGUCGUCAUCUUCGCCGGCCUCACCAGCGAAUGGGAAACCGAAGGCCACGACCGCGAAACCAUGGACCUGCCCCCAGGCACCGACGAAAUGAUCUCCCGUGUCCUCGACGCCAACCCUAACACCGUCGUCGUCCUCCAAUCCGGCACCCCAGUCACCAUGCCCUGGGUCCACAAGUCCAAAGCUCUCCUCCACGCCUGGUUUGGCGGCAACGAAUGUGGAAACGGCAUCGCAGACAUCCUCUACGGAGACGUCAACCCCUCCGCCAAACUCCCCGUCAGCUUCCCCGUCCGCCUCCAAGACAACCCAAGCUACCUGAACUUCCGCUCCGAACGGGGACGCGUCCUCUACGGCGAAGACGUCUACGUCGGAUACCGCUACUACGAAAAAGUCAACCUCCCUCCUCUCUUCCCCUUUGGCCACGGCCUAUCCUACACCACCUUCUCCCGCUCAAACCUAACCCUCACCACUUCCCCGGAACAACCUACCCUCUCCGACGGCGAACCCAUCACCGCAUCAGUCACUGUGAAAAACACCGGCUCCAUCCCCGGCGCCGAAAUCGUUCAGCUCUGGGUCCUUCCCCCACCCGUAACGGGCGUGAACCGGCCCGUUCGAGAACUCAAGGGCUUCACUAAAGUCUUCCUCAACCCCGGGGAAGAGAAAACGGUCCAGGUAGUAGUGGAGAAGAAGCUAGCCACGAGUUGGUGGGACGAGCAGCGCGAGGAAUGGAUUUCGGAGAAAGGCGAGUAUAGCGUUUUGGUCACGGGGACUGGGGAGGGAGAACUCCGUGAUCAAUUCACGGUGGAGAAGACGAGGUAUUGGGUUGGGUUGUAGAUUUAUCCUUCUUCUCUUUUUCUAGAGGAUGGAUUACGCUAAACGGGGUGGAAGUGGAGAUUACUAGAUAGCUCGUAAAUUCAUGGCGAUAUGAACAAAUAAUGAUUCC